AUUUGAAAAUAGGGAUAAAUUUAAAGAUGCAGUAGCCAGAUUUGCAAUAGCCCAAGGUAGGAAUUUGAAGAUAAAUGUUAGCCACAAGAAGAGACAACAAAGGAUUGGUGCAAGAUGUGUGGAAGGCUGCCCCUUUAGGUUGUAUGUAAGCUGGGAUAGUAGAAGAGCCUGUUUUGUUGUUAAAACUAUAAUAGGAGCUCACAAUUGCAACAGAAACAUGCAAAAAAAUAGACAGUUAAAGGCACCCUGGGUAGCACUUCAGUUUUUGGAGGUCUUCAAGUCUAGACCACACUGGCCUGCAAAAGAAAUUAUGGAAACAAUCGGGAGAGCUUACAAAGUGUUAGUCAAGAGGGAUUUUGCAUACAAAGUUAAAUACCAUGCCCAUAGAAAACUUCAUGGGAGUAUGGCAGAGCACUACAAUAAGAUUGGAAGAUAUUUGGAAGCUCUAACUCAAGCAAACCCCCUUAGCCACUUCAAGGUAUUCACAGACCCAAUGAUCAAGAGUUUCCCCCCAACAUUUCAGAGAUUCUUUGUGUGCUUUAAAGGACUUAAAGAUGGGUGGUUGAGUGGAGGCAGGAGUGUCUUGUGUGUGGAUGGUUAUUUCAUAAAAACAUUUCUGGGUGGGAUGUUAUUAUCUGCUAUUGGAAGAGACUCCAAUGACCAAAUGUACCCAGUGGCUUGGGCUGUAGUUGAAGGUGAAAAUAACUCAAGUUGGGAAUGGUUUUUCUGUGAACUGAAAAAGAACUUAGGCAGUACUGAUGGUGUUGAUAUGACAUUCAUUUCUGAUGAACACCAGUCUAUAUUGCGUGGAGUGCACAAAGUAUUUCCAAUGGCUGAGCACAGACAUUGUGCUAGACAUGUGUUUGCCAACUGGCACAAAAGUCACAAAGGGGAUGAGCUUAAAAUGUUAUUCUGGAAAGCUGCAAAAGCAUACAAUGGGGCAGAUUUGGAGGAAGCUUUGGAUGAAAUGAGUAAGGUGAAUCCUGUAGCAGCCAGUCCAUUUAGGUCAUGCACACCUAAUUUGUUUUGCAGAGCAUUUGUUAGGACAUCAAGUAAAUGUGAUGUUAUAGUGAGUAAUAUGGCUGAAACUUUUAACAGUUACAUAAUAAAUGCUAGAACUAAGCAUUUGAUUUUUAUGCUAGAAGACAUUAGAGGUGCAUUGAUGCAAAGGAUGGUUGUAAAGAGGCAGCAAAUGGAAAAAAUUGUGGGUGUCAUAUGUCCUAGGAUUAAGGCUAGGCUAGAGAAGGAAAAGGAUCAGGCAACCUAUUGCACACCUUUACCAUCUAGUGAAGUUUUAUUUGAAGUUUGUCAUAGGCUAGAUAGUCUGACAGUGAACUUAGAAGCUAGAACAUGCACCUGUAGGAAGUGGGACUUGAGUGGGAUACCAUGUUGUCAUGCUAUUGCUUGUAUUUUCUUCAAAAAUGAUGCACCUGAAAACUAUGUCCAUGAGUGCUACACUAAAGAGGCUUACCUGAGGAUGUACUCAACUGGAAUUGCACCUUUGACCGGAGAGAGACACUGGCCAAAGGUAGAUAUGCCUUUGGAUCCUCCACCUAUAAAAAUAGGUCCAGGUAGACCAAGGAAAAACAGGAUGAAGUCACCUCAUGAAAAUCCCAAAAAGCCUGGAAAAUUAACAAAACAUGGUGUUGAGAUGUCAUGUAGUGUGUGUCAGUCGAAGAAUCAUAAUAAAAGAACAUGCCCUGAAAAAAACAAGGCAAUUGAGCCUCCAGUAAAGAGGAUGAGGGGAAGACCAAAAAAGGUUAUCCAACCUGCCCAAACACAGUCAGAUAAUAAUCAAAAUAAUGCACAACCUUCAAGACUUGGGAGAGGAGGAAGGUUGAUCCAUGCAAGAGGAAGAGGUGUAGGAGGGAAAGGUGCAAGGGGGAGAGGAAGGGGUGACAUUCCAGUAGGAUUUGGAGUCAUAAUUGAUGGGAAUGGAAACACUUGGACUAAUUCUCCUAGGCAGCAUGGUGGUCCUACAAAUAUUUCAGAGGCUUCGCAGCAGGGUCUUCUUAGCCUAUUUCAUUUCAAGAAGGUGCUCAUCAAAGGAAAUGGAGUGAAGCAGUAGAGUGACAUAUGUUUUUGUAGAGUGAAAUGUUUAAUUUGUGGCCUAAUUUUAUGUUAAGACUUCGGUAGCAUGUUUAAUGUGUGGCCUACUUUAUUAGUAUGAAUUGUAUUUGUAAGGUUCUUAUGACAUAUGUUUGGUUGAAUUGUACUACUCUAUCAGAGUUGAGAC